CCGGGCCGGACGAGCGGGCUUUGCCGCGGCCGCCUUCUGGCCGACGCCCGGGACCCUGCGGAUGGCUUUGCAGAUUUCUGCUUGACAGAUUAACCAAAAGCCAGAGGGGCUAGUCUGUGUUCUGAGGAUUGUUCUUGGCAAGACCCUUAUAACAGACCUUAGACCCAAGUCUGCUGUGCUACCAUACCUCCACCUCACCCCAGACAUUAUUCUGGGGUCCACCUGAGGUCAGCAGUGUGAAGAUGACCAGCGCCUUCCUAGCAUGACGACUUUGGAACAUGUGAUUGCCACCCACCAGUCAGAGUGGGUCUCCUUCAAUGAAGAGCCACUCUUUGCCCCCCCUUCUGAGGGGGGGACUGAAGAGCAUGUCCCAGGAUUGUCAUCUUCCUCAGACCAGUCUGAGGAGAACUCCUCCGGGGAGAACCACAUGGUGGAUGGAGGCUCUCAGGACCUUUCCCACUCGGAGCAGGAUGACUCCUCUGAAAAGAUGGGCCUCAUCUCUGAAGCAGCCUCCCCACCUGGGAGCCCUGAGCAGCCCCCACCUGACCUGGCCUCGGCCAUCAGCAACUGGGUUCAAUUUGAAGACGACACUCCCUGGGCCAGCACGUCACCACCUCAUAAAGAAACAGCCCUACCCUUGACCAUGCCCUGCUGGACGUGCCCUUCCUUCGACUCCCUAAGGAGAUGCCCUCUGACCUCUGAGAGCAGCUGGACCACCCAUUCUGAAGACACCAGCAGUCCUAGUUUUGGCCGCUCAUACACAGACCUGCAGCUCAUCAAUGCUGAGGAGCAGACGAGUGGCCAGGCUUCUGGGGCUGACUCAACUGACGAGAGGACCGAGUGGCAGACAGGCAGGCAGACGGCGGUGAGUCCUGUUCAAGCAUGCACGGAGCGAACCUCCACCCGCACCCACAGCCUGGACCCCUCGCCACCCUCACCCCACCCCUGGAGCAGCCAGAGCCCCGGCGAGGGUCCCAAUGACAAUUCUUCUUCGCUCCAGGAAGAUGAAGAGGUAGAAAUGGAGGCCAUCGGCUGGCAGGCCAGCAGUCCAGUCAUGAAUGGGCACCCUGCCCCUCCGGUGACCUCUGCUCGUUUCCCCAGCUGGGUCACCUUUGAUGACAAUGAAGUCAGCUGCCCUUUGCCACCGAUCACCUCCCCUCUGAAGCCGAAUACACCACCUGGUGCAUCUGUGAUCCCAGAUGUACCGUAUAACUCAACAGGGUCAUUUAAGAAGAGGGACCGCCCCAAGAGUACUUUGAUGAACAUCUCCAAAGUUCAGAAACUGGACAUUUCCUCCUUAAACCGCCCACCUUCCGUAACUGAGGCUCCACCCUGGAGGGCAACCAACCCUUUCCUGAAUGAGACUCUGCAGGACGUACAGCCCUCCCCUAUCAACCCUUUCAGUGCUUUCUUUGAGGAGCAAGAGAGGCGCUCCCGAAACAGUGCCAUUUCUAGUGCCACAGGCAAAAGCCAAAGAGAUUCUCUCAUUGUCAUCUACCAAGAUGCCAUCAGUUUUGAUGACUCAAGCAAAAGCCAGUCACACUCUGAUGCUGUUAAAAAACUCAAACAACUCCAAAUUGAUGAUCCUGAUCACUUUGGCAGUGUGACGCUUCCUGAUGACGACCCGGUAGCCUGGGUUGAACUAGAUGCUCACCCACCUGGGUCAGCACCAUCCCAGCCCAGGGAUGGGUGGCCAAUGAUGCUGAGGAUCCCCGAGAAGAAAAACAUCAUGUCCUCCAGGCACUGGGGACCGAUCUUCAUCAAACUGACAGACAGUGGCUACCUGCAGCUGUAUUAUGAGCAGGGCCUAGAAAAGCCAUUCCGUGAGUUCAAGCUGGAGAUCUGCCAUGAGAUUUCAGAACCCCGGCUUCAGAACUAUGAUGAGAAUGGCAGGAUCCACAGCUUGCGGAUAGACCGUGUCACCUACAAGGAGAAGAGGAAAUACCAGCCCAAACCUGCUGUGGCCCACACAGCAGAGAGGGAACAAGUGAUCAAGCUGGGCACCACCAAUUACGAUGACUUCCUGAGCUUCAUCCAUGCAGUUCAGGACCACCUCAUGGCUCUCCCAGUGCUGUCCAUGGACUUGAGUACGGUUGGCUUGAACUACCUUGAAGAGGAGAUUACAGUGGAUGUCAGAGAUGAAUUUUCUGGUGUUGUGAGAAAAGGAGACAACCAGCUUCUCCAGCACCACGUCUUGACGCGGAUCCACAUUCUGAGUUUCCUUUCAGGGCUCGCAGAGUGCCGCUUGGGCCUCAACGACGUCCUCAUCAAAGGGAACGAAGUAGUUUCACGGCAGGACAUCAUGCCCACCACCACCACGAAGUGGAUCAAGCUCCACGAGUGCCGCUUUCACGGGUGUGUGGACGAGGAUGUGUUCAACACCUCACGGGUUAUUCUGUUCAACCCUCUGGACGCCUGCCGCUUUGAGCUGAUGCGGUUCAGGACAGUGUUCGCUGAGAAGACCUUGCCUUUCACGCUCAGGACGGCAGCCAGUAUCCAUGGGGCGGAGGUGGAGAUGCAGAGCUGGCUGAGGAUGUCAACUGGCUUCUCCUCUAAUCGCGACCCCCUCACUCAGGUUCCCUGUGAGAAUGUGAUGGUCCGUUACCCUGUGCCCAGCGAGUGGGUGAAAAACUUCCGCAGGGAAAGUGUCCUGGGGGAAAAGUCUUUAAAAGCCAAAGUGAACCGGGGGGCAAGUUUUGGCUCCACUAGUGUCUCUGGCUCUGAGCCUGUCAUGAGGGUCACCCUGGGAACGGCCAAGUACGAGCAUGCCUUCAACUCCAUUGUGUGGAGGAUAAACCGGCUGCCCGAUAAAAACUCAGCUUCUGGUCACCCCCACUGUUUCUUUUGCCACCUUGAACUUGGCUCUGACCGGGAAGUGCCUUCCAGAUUUGCCAAUCAUGUGAAUGUCGAGUUCAGCAUGCCCACAACUUCUGCCUCCAAAGCCACUGUACGAUCUAUCUCCGUGGAAGACAAGACUGACGUCAGGAAGUGGGUCAAUUACUCCGCACACUACAGCUACCAGGUGGAAAUUGAGCAAAAAAAAAGUUUGAAGCCAGACUUUGAAGGAGAUGAAAUGGAAAAUCCCAAGGAGUGUGGGGUACAGUGACAAAACCCUACAGCAAGGAACCCUGACCCAAGAGUCAUGAUGGGGUGUCUUCUUGAAUAGCUGAAGUUUAAGUCAAUACCUGCUGCGGCCACUCCAUGUUGGGAACAGUGUAUCAGACCUUCCUGUUUGCAGUUACCUGCAUUUUAACAGGAAACCCUGAAAUGGUUGUUUUGGAGAGGCUCUUUGACUCUGAUCACACCUGAAGUACGUGGUUCACCUGACUUUUGGAGCUUAUAGUAUAAUUAAGCCUCCCUGUCUCAUCUCUGCUUAUCUCACAGCACCGUAUGUGGUUUGUUGUGACAGAGUCAGGAAGAGAACCUCCCACAUCAGUGUUGACAUGAUUUCCUUCUGAUAUUCAUCUCUCACAUGAGUUUCUAGAAAAAGCAGUCCUGAGAACUUAAGUAAGAAUCCAUCUCUUUCACUCCCUCUAGAAAAGGUUCAGAAAAGGUGCGAAACAAAUUUCCUCUUUGGGGCUACUAGACCUUUUGUAGGUGUCUCCAUUCUUUAAAUAUUAACACUAUGCAACAGAAGUUUUUGAGAUGUUUUCCUCCUGGUUCUAGAUUGUUUAGAUUGGAACACUUUUUCCAUCUCUCUAAGGUUUCAGUCCCAGGAUUUGCUAUCCUGAGUCAUAAUAGACAAUGGAAAAAGUCACAAUAGGAUACUUUUUUAUUCUGUGAAUGACCCACAUUCUGCAAAAGGGCUGCUGUUAAGGGAAGGCAAAAUUAAGCUUAUUUUUCUUCAUUCUGGGGAAAAGAGACCUUAAAUGUAAGAUUAUAUUCAGUUCAGAAGACAGCUUCAAUCUCAGUGAAUUCCCAAAUUCAUAUUAAAAAAU